AGCUGUUGAUCCAAAUGAUAAGAACUUUGCGAUGGGAAUCAUUAAUGGCUUUCAUUCCGUAUCCGUUGAUAUUUGGAGCGGUAGUCGACUCGACAUGUUUGGUAUGGGAGGAGAAGUGUGGAAAGACAGUAUUAAAAACUUUUACGACGACUCCACCGAUGAUAAUGAGGAACAAGAUAUUAAUAAUGUAUGUAAUAUAAUCAGGUUUACAAUGACUAUGGGUUGCAAUGAGGGCUGCAAUUGUAGUACAACUAUAUUCACACCGAUAUGUUCGGCGGACACGUCGACCACUUAUUUCUCCCCUUGUUUUGCGGGCUGUCAACAAAUGAACAGGGCUACCGGGACUGUCUCAGAGUGUUCAUGUCUGGACACUGGAGGUGUGGCCACAACUGGCUAUUGUCAGAGUGAUGACAAUAAUUGCGAUAAACUCUUCACGUAUUUACUUAUUAUGGGUCUGGGAUUCAUAAUAUUAUGUAUGGCUACUACUGGUGACACGUUGCUAACUCUUAGGACAAAAUAUUUUAUUGAACUCUAUGUUAACGUUCAUUCCGUAUCCGUUGAUACAUUCGGAGCGGUAGUCGACUCGACGUGUUUGGUAUGGGAGGAGAAGUGUGGAAAG